AUGGUUCAAUAUGGAGGCGACGAAGUUUCCGCUCUUGUGGUCGAUAUUGGCUCUUCUACGCUGAGGGCGGGUUAUGCGGGAGACGACACGCCAAAGGCCAUCAUCCCCACAUCAUAUGGCUUUAUACCUCAAAACUCUGGCUCCGACGUCGUCAUGUCCGACACGGGCGAGCCCCAGGAGCCAGCGCCGGUCGAAAACAAGAUGUACAUCGGCCAGCACGGCCCUUCAAUAUGGCGCGAAGGCAUGCACAUAGGCAACCCCAUCAAGGAUGGCAUGAUCAACGACUUCGCGCCCAUCCAUCCCCUCCUCGACCACGUCUUCAGAGAGGUCAUGCGCGUCGACCCGCGCGAGCACCCCGUCCUCGUCACCGAGCCCGCCUGGAACACGGCCGCCAACCGCGAGCGCAUGGCAGAGAUCAUGUUCGAGCAGUUCGAAGUGCCCGCGUUCUACAUCGCGAACACGGGCGUCCUCAACGCGUUCGCGGCGGGGAAGGGCUCUGCGCUCGUGAUCGAUGUGGGCCAGUCGACGGCGAGCGUCACGCCCGUCGUGGACGGCUUCGUCCUCCGAAAAGGCCUCGUCCACUCCGCCCUCCCCCAGCUCGUCCACGCCCACGCGCGGCACACGCUCACGACGCAGAGCCACAACCACCCCCCAAUCGAGCUCCUCUCCCACCAACUCAUCGCUUCUAAAAUGCCCGUCGAGCCCGGCGUGAUCCCCCGCUUCACGCGCCGCGACGACCGCAUGUCCAAAACGACAGACACCCUGCGGCUGUACUACGAGUCGCGCGAAGUCGAAGAAUGGGUACAGAGCGUCGCCGGCGUGCUCGACCAAGGAUGGAACGACCAAGCCGCGUCCGCGCGCCCCGCGCGGCAAUACGAAUUCCCGACGGGCUUCAACACGUACUUCAGCGCCGAGCGGUUCUCCGUCGGCGAGCUCUUCUUCACGCACACGCCCCAGCUUGUCGCAUCGAACCAGCACCUCCCCCGCCCGAUGCCCGGGCUCAUCACCCAGUCCCUCGCCGCCUGCGACGCCGAGAUCCGCCAGCUGCUCAUGGCCAACGUCGUCCUCUGCGGCGGCGGGAGCCUCUUCGCGGGCUUCGCCGAGCGCCUCAACAACGAGCUCUCGCGCCACUACCACCAACACACGCAACAGGUGGUGAAAAUACACGCGCCGGGCAACCCGACGGAGCGCCGGUAUGGUGGGUGGCUCGGCGGGAGCAUCCUCGCGAGCUUGGGAACGUUCCACCAGCUCUGGAUCAGCAAGGAAGAGUGGCAGGAGCAUGGUCGUGCCAUCGUUGGCCAGAGGUGUAAAUGAUCCGCGCGAUUCGCGUGCCAAAGUGCUGGGCGUUCGCGUCCAUUGUUGUUCAUGUGGUGUACGGCAAAGUAAUAUGCAUGUUGUAUUGAUGACC